UUGCGUCUUGGAAGCUAAAAUUAAAAAACUGUUGACCUGUGCAAAUCAACUCACAUGUCAUCAGAUUCAUUAUCUAUCACUGGUUCUGUAUAAUACACCUUUGCUGUUCAAAGCGUCUUAGUGUGGAAAACAAAUAAAUGAAAAAUAAGGAUGUCUGGGAUAUUAAAAAGAAGAACUCUUAAAACCUGGAGGUGAAUCUUUUCAACUUAAUUUUAUCUCAUCAAAUGUUUCAGGAGAUGAUGUAUAAACAGGAUAAGGUUCUCAUAUAACGGCUUUCUGUAAAAUGAUAAAGAAAACCUUAAGCUGUCAUGUCAGAUAUUAAAUGUCAGCAAACAAAACUGUCUCUGUAGAAGCAAAUUUCUAUUAAUAAGCAUUUUAAUUAAAUAUAUAAUUCAACUUUAUUUUUAACGUUAAGUCAACGUAUAGGUAUUUGUGAAUAUAUUAAUGGUAGCUACUAUCUGACAAAGCAAUUAUUAUUCCAAACUUUGGUGAAUACUGAAGUUCAUUUAAGGUGUGAAUAGGGGUAAAAGAAGCCAAUAAGAGGCAUGUGGAAACUCAAAGAAAGAAAGAAAAUAUGCCGUUCUCCUUGACCAAUGGAGACAGUGUACAAAUCAACAGUAGAUUACACACUUCAUAAAUCUGGUUAUGAGAGCCAAAAAACUAAACCUUUUCUGAGUAAAGUGCUUUGUAUGAAAAAGAGCCUUCAUUAUAAAUAAUGCCAUUGCAAUUGUUUUUCCUGAGAAUUUUGAGCUUCAAAAAUUAAAAAUGUAAUAAUGUAUGCUAUCACUGCCACAAAUCUGUAAAAUGGGUCUUUCUCCAUAAAAUACACAACAUACUAAAAAAACUAUUUCAAUAUGUGUACAAAAAAACUAUACUUUCAUAACUGAUCAUAAAGCAUAUCAGGAGCAGUAUAUAUUCAAAUAUCACACCAAAAUGAUGUAGAAAAUUCUAGAGAAGAAAAAAAAAUGUGUGCACAUAAGCCCAGUUUGUGCCCUUUGCUCUUUACACCCAUCCAUUUCCGUGAGUCGCACAGUUUGUUUGUCAAUUAUUACCAAAAUUGUGUGUAAAGUAAAUAGACAGAGAGUGUCCCCUGCUCUUCAAAAUGAAGAAAAGAAUCAAUAAAUCUGAAAGAAAAUUUCAGUCUGCGGGAAGAUUGCAACGAUCCGGUCAGAAAUCUAAGGAUUUAAGUGUGCAUGCAAGAUCCCAGUGGCAAUGGAUUUGGACUACAAUGGCACUUCUUUCUCUCUGCAUCCUCUCUGCAUCAAUACCAAUUCUUCUGCAUCUCUUCUCUGACUCUAUUGACCUCAGCCGACCUUCAGAUAUAGGUCUCAAUCACACUUUAAAUAUCUACCUCAGACCCGAAGAGGGGGUGAGAGUGGGCGUGUGGCACACUGUACCUGAACAUAGAUGGAAGGAGGCGCAGGGAAAGGAUCUGGACUGGUAUGAGAAAGCUCUGGGGGACGGAUCGCCCAUUUUCAUCUACCUCCAUGGCAACAGGGGUAACAGAUCUGCAGCUCAUCGAAUUGGAAUUGCAAAUGUCUUGAGUGCUGUUGGAUAUCAUGUCUUGGCGCUGGACUACAGAGGUUUUGGGGACUCCACUAGUGAGCCUACAGAGACUGGUCUGUGUACCGAUGUCUUAUACUUGUACCACUGGGUUAAGGCACGCAGUGGAAACAGCCUGGUGUGUGUGUGGGGUCACUCGCUUGGUAGUGGUGUUGCGACUUCCACUGCUGUGAAAUUGCUAGAACAAGGUAAACAGUUUGAUGGAAUAAUACUCGAAGGUGCAUUCCUAAAUGCGAGGAUGGAAACUAAUAAACUUACUGAACACCCUUUUACCUGGUUUUAUUGGAAGUUCCCAUACAUUCAGUACUUCUUGUUCAAUCCACUUAAAAACAAAGAUUUGAACCUUCCAACUGAUGAGAACUUGCAAAAUAUUCGAACUCCCCUUAUGAUUUUCCAUGCUGAAGAUGACCAUUUAGUGCCCUUUGCCUCAGCUCAAGAGAUCUACAGAAUUGCAAAAAAGGCCCAAAACUCAGAUGAGCGUGUCAAGCUGAUACAAUUUGAUGCAUCACUUGGAUAUUUUCAUAAUGGGCUGUAUAAAGACCCUGGUUUGCCAAAUAUCAUAAGGGAGUUUGUGCAGUCACUGAUGACAUGAUACAUACACAGAGAAGGAGGAGGAUUUACACCGACUAAUAACUGGCUAAAUAGCUGUAUAACUGGUGCUGUAACUGUAAAUUUGGUUGUUUUAAACAGUAUGCACUUCUUGGAUAUAAAACAUUGUAAUGUCUGAAGUAAAUUUUACAGAAUUGCCCCCAUUAGGGUGAAUUUAUUGUCU